UUCGCAGGCUCUGGCAAGCUCGGCGCGCCCUCCGCCCACCUCCGUCAGGGUCGCGCGCUCCGCCCAGUAGGGGAAAAAGUCUCCUUUGCCCCGCCCCCUUGCAGACGCAGAGCUGAGCCAACAACGGCUGGACAAAGAGUGACGUACGGGGCCAGAGUCAUGGCGGCCACGGAGCAAAGCUUGGCUCCAGCCGGAAUCCCCGCGUCGCCCUCGGAGAAAGAAGAAGGAGCCGGCCCGAGCUCAUGCCCGGAGCGUGACCCUGCGGGCUCCUCCUCGACUCCUGAAGCCCCACUAUCUAUCCCCGACUCCUCCAAUUCCAGCGCCGCGGUCCCCGAGGCGAAUGUUACGCCUCCUGCGGCGGCCUCCGCCUCCCUAGACCUGCCUGUCGGACCCGCACCCCAGGGCCCUGCGCCGCUUGCCGAAGCUUCUCCGCGCUCCCCUCCAGGUCCAGGCGGCUCCCGGCCCGGCCCAGAGACUUUCCGCCAGCGAUUCCGGCAAUUCCGCUACCAGGACGCUGCAGGCCCACGGGAGGCGUUCCGACAGCUUCGGGAGCUCUCCCGCCAGUGGCUGCGGCCCGACAUCCGCACAAAGGAGCAGAUCGUGGAGAUGCUAGUGCAGGAGCAGCUGCUCGCCAUCCUGCCCGAGUCGGCGCGGGCGCGGCGGCUUCGCCGCCGCACCGACGUGCGCAUCACCGGCUGAACGGCGGAGCUGCGGGCGACCCGAGUCAGGCACUCUCUGGACUGGAGCCAUGAUCAGGUCCGGGAUCGUGAGCCUGGCUCCCCAAUACGCGAUAAUGAAAAAUGAGUUUUGGCGGUUCUUGCAAUCUCGUGUGUCCUUUCCGGUGUUUAGUUUCCCGAACCUAUUUCCACUCUCUCUGGCUAGUUGUGAAACCAAGUUGGGGGCCCAUGAGAAUAAAGCGUUUGUUUCUUACUCA